GUCCGCUUCGCCGCUAGCCAUACCCAUCUUCUCCCCGGCAACACACGUUUCGUGCCGAGCAACAUGUGUCCGAGCGCCAGCAACAUCUGAGGGCGGGCGUAUUUGAAUUGCCGCCCCAAUGUGUCUCACAAUCUCACAAAAAUUUUUCGGCCGCGGAUAAGGUAACAACGUAGUGUCGAAAUUUUUUCUGAAUUCAGAAAACUCGUCGUCGGAUGAAUUUCUCGUGCUGUUGCUGCCUCUUAGCCGUGUACGUGUACGUGUGCGUGUGCGCGCGUGUGUGUGGUGUGUGUAAAGGAGAAAUUAUCCAAAAACCGGUUCAGCCGCGACUUCCUUUGAAAAUUGUCUGUAUUUUUUUGUCGAAAACCCAAAUAAAAUAAAUAAUAAUUCGAAACGAUUGUGCGUUUUUGUCGGGAAGGAAGAUAGACCCCUCUCUCAGUCACUCCACUUUCCCAUUCGAUUCGAUCGCUCCGAAAUCCGAAACGCCGCGAAAACAACAACAAAAUCUAGCAUAUAUUUUUUUCUUGUGCUCCUGCGAAAAAAAUCUCCAACAAAAAAAAGUGUUAAAGUGUCCCAAAGAGAAAUCUGAGAAUAAAGAGAGCAAAAAUCCAAAGCCAAGAUCAAAGCAAAAAGGAAAAAUAUUCAAAGUGCAAGAAAGAGUAGAAGCGAAAGAGUAGAAAAAGUGUGCAAGAAAUACGAGAAACAAAACAAAAAAGUUGCAAAAUUUACCGAAAUUUCGAGGAAGGAAGAAAAGGCAGAACUUUCGAGGUGCAGAUACGAAAAUAUCCAUUUGAAAGGAUGCGCAUCUGUUGGAUGCAGCCAGGUCUCUAAAGAAGAUUGAAGCGUGAGCAAAGGAGAAGCGAAAGGAAGAUAAGCAGAUCAGAAACAAAAGGUGCACCGAAAGAGGAGCCGCAGCGAGGAAGCGAAAGGCACAAGAAAAACAGAUUUCAAGGUUUUUUUAAAGUUUUUUGAGCCAGUCGGUGCCGAUUCCUGCUGAAUGAAAGCAACAGCAACAGCAUCUGGCAGCCUCAGAGGAACGAAAGUGGAAAUAUUCUCCAAGAAUUUGAUGAUGCCCCACUACUAGAAGGAAAACCUAAACCCAAAUACAGAGAGCAAUCUCCCCAGCGAAAGGGAGAGGACACAGAGAGCGACAGAAGGACAGAGAGAGAGAGAGCGAUUCCAGAUCGAAGAUCCCAGUGAAGAUUCAUCAUGUAUCCGGCCAGUGCCAGCAGCAGUGCCGCAUCUGCAGCAUCCAAAUUCCAGAAUCGCUGCGCAUCGCCACAGUUUGCCAGCUUUGCGCCGCCGCCACCGGGCGACUAUCCGCAUCCGCAUCCGCAUGCACACUCGCAUCAGCAUCAGACGACAGCCGCGGCCGUACACAAUGCCCCUGGUGGCGGCGGCGGCGGCGGUGGCAUUGGCGGCUCGAUGCGGCAUCCAAGCCAGCGCUCCACCUCGGCCACGGCGGCGCAUCAGAUGACCCUCAAUCAUGGCGGCCACGGCGGCCACAAUCACGGCCAUGGCGGCGGCCUGAGCAUGGGCCAUGGCACGGCCGCCACACUGGGCCACCAUCAUCAUGUGGGCUCUCAUCUGAUGUUUCCCGACGACAUGGACAGCAUCGAGUUCUGCAUGCCAGCGGCGCCGUCGUCCUCGUCAUCGUCCUCACAGCAGAAUGGCGGGGAACAGCUGCUGUUGGGCAGCAGCCAUGGGGAGGCCUUUACGGAGCGUCGACGACGCGGACACAGUCGCCGGAGCAACCACAAAAUGGACGUAGAACAGCAGGUGAAAUGGUCCCGCAAGAACAUUGCCGCCACAAUGGAACGCUUUGAGCCCACAACCAACACACAGUCCUCGUCGUCCACCUCAUCGCUGGACUAUGGCUUUGCCGCCGGCGUUAUGACGCCCAGCAGCAGCAGUGCCACGCCUUCGCAUGGCGGUGGCGCCUCUGGUGGCGGCAUGUCCUCCACCCCCUCGCUGCAUGUGGCCUUCAACGGGGGCGGUGGCGGUGGCGGCGGGUCUGGUGGUGCUGCGGCUGGGGCCAGUGGUGGCGCCGUUGGAGCAGCUGCUGCGGCGGCACCGUUUAAUCAUGUCUACUCGUACGCCUAUUACGAACCAGGGGCGGCCAAGUGCCACACGAAUGUACCCGCCCAGGGAUCCGCACAGGCCCAGGCCCAGGCUCUGGCCCAUGCCCAUGCCCAGGCCCAGGCCCAGGGACAGAUGCAGAUGCAGAUGCAGGCGCCGUCGAAGAGUCCGCCGAGGAACUCCAUACGCGCUCUGUUGGCCAAGAGCUUCCGCUCGAAAUCAUCGUCACACAACGGGGGGGGACAGUCCACGUCGUCGUCGCCGAGCGCCGAGGAUCGGGACAGGCACACGUACACCACCCGCUACGGCACCACCGAGAAUCUGUACGAGGAGGUGAGCGAGCAGAAGAUCCGCAAGGUCCUGUCCGACAACCGCAUCGCCUCGUCCAGCGUGGGGAACGUCAAGGAGGAGCAGCGCCGCGUCCAGCACAAUCAUUUCCGUGUGCUCGACGAGCUAAAUCUCUCCCUGGAGGCCCUCAUCAUGCCCCCAACGCCCCCAGAUAUUAGUCCCAGCCAUGCGAUAGCCGUCAACGUCGAUGAGAUGGGAAUGGGAAUGGGCAUGGGGAUUGGGAUGGGAAUGGGGCCCAUGAGCUCCGCUGCAUCCUCCGGCAGCAGUGGCUUGGGACAGGCACAGGCCUGCUCCUCCUCCUCCUCUGCGGCGGCGGCGGCGGCGGCGGGGGCGGGGGCAGCGGCGGCGCCCCCAUCCUCUCUGGUGGCCAGCAGCAGCAGCCAAUCGAAGACCGCCCAGAGGCCACGCCGUGGGGGAUUGCUGGGCGGUUCGGCGGCCAGCGCCAGCGCCAGCGCCAGUUCGGCCUCGCAUGCCAGCCUCGAGAAUCUAUCGAGCACUCUGAACAGCAUGGAGCUGAAGGAUCAUCACCAUCAUCACCAGCAGCAUCACCAGCAGCAGCACCAGCAGCAUCACCAGCAGCAUCACCAGCAUGGACACACGAGCAGCAGCUGCAUCAAUCCGGAGUUCGAUGAGGGGGAUCUGGACAGCGGAUUCAGUGGCAGUGGCAGCAGCAGCGGCGCCAGCUACAAUGAGAGUCUGCGCUACUACAAGUCAGCCACGCCCACUGGCCACAAUCUCAAUCUGAACUUGAAUCUGAAUCUGAAUCCCACGCUCCACCACCAGCAACAGCAGCAGCAACAGCAGCAUCCCCUGAACAACAACAACAGCAACAGCAACAACAACAACAACACAUUGCCCCACAAUAUUCGCAGCUGCCGCUCAUCGACGGCCUCCGGGACAUCUACCUCGAAGAGCAGCAUGGCCAGCUGUGGCGAGGAUCAAGGCAUCGCCGGCAUGGGAAUGAUGGUGGGCUCAGGAACUGCUGCCGCUAUGGCUGGACCCACUGUGGCUGCUGCUGCCGGAGUGCAGGAGACCAGCCUGGGCUCCCUGUCGCCCUUCCAUUAUCCACGACGCUGUUCGGCCGAUCAACAGCGUGCCUCCGGCCGAUCGAUUGCCUCCGGAUCCGGCAUGGUAAUGGGUGGCGGAGUGUCCACAGCGGUGGCCAUGUCCGGGGCAGGCAGCUACAGCCUCAGCAGCAGCAGCAAUGUGGCACUGUCCACCGGAGCGAAACCCAAGAAGAAUUUCUGGACCAUGAAACCGUGAUGCUACAAAAAGGCGCUGCGUCACAUAUGCAAGAAAUGGACUAUUGUCAUGGAAUACAAUUCAAAGACUGCCUCAUGCCAUGCCAUCCACUAUUACCACCAACCCAGCAGCAGCAACAACAGCAACAGCAACAGCAUCAG